AGCUAUCUUCCGGUUCUAGCAUAUCAGGGAUCCCCAAAGAAAACAAGGGGACCAACGCCAGGGUCGCGAGGGAACAGGCCAUGGAAAGGAAUGAUGUUAUUGACUUCAAAGCUUUGGAGAAAGAGCUGCAGGAUGCGCUCGCUGCUGAUGAGAAGUACAAACGAGAGAAUGCUGCCAAGCUACGGGCAGUGGAACAGAGGGUGCCUUCCUAUGAGGAGUUCAGGAGUAUUGUCCUUGCAUCACAUCUGAAGCCUCUGGAGCGGAAGGACAAGAUGGGAGGAAAGAGAACUGUGCCCUGGAAUUGUCACACUACUCAAGGGCAACCUUCCCAAGAUGUGGCCACCGAAAUCUCCCAGGAGAAAGUCCCCUUCCAGCCUGAGACCUCAGCAGAAUUCUACCGAGAUUGGCGACGACACUUGCAGAGUGGACCAGAGCGCUACCAGGCCCUGCUGCAGCUUGGAGGUCCCAAACUGAGUCACCUCUUCCAGACAGAUGUGGGGUUUGGACUUCUAGGGGAGCUGCUCGUGGUACUGGAUGAUCAUGUGAGGCCAGCUGACAGGAUGACAGUGCUGGGGGUCCUUCGCAGCCUGGCCGGCACGGGACGCUUUACCCUGAACCUGAGCCUCCUGAGCCACGCUGAGCAAGAGAGUUGCCGAGGGUUGUUUCAGAAGCUGCAGGCCAUGGCUACCCCCAGAUCUUUGCAGGAGGGGGGCUGUCCAGACAAACAGGCUGUGGAGGAGCAAGAUGGUGGGCUCCAGGAGGAGGAGGGGCUCCUGCAGGAGCUAUUAGGGCUGUACCAGAUUCACUGAUAGGACUGGCUGCCCUCAGAGUCCCUCUCAGAAGACCACCCUGACCUGCUUUCCUGAUGUUUGACAGUGCUGCCUCCCUGGCUGACGUGAGCUUCAAUGAUCAUCAGAGACAUUUUUUUGGUGGUUGUCUUGGGGUUUCUGCAGGACUAUAAUGAGAAACCCACAUCUACUUCCCUUCUCAGCUUGGAAUUUUCAGAGAAAAAACUUGAAUCAAGUCUCUCUAACUUUUCCAGUCACUGUAUCCAUCUUUUGAACUGUGUGAAUCCACAGGACAGAAAAGGGUCCAGGAGGUUGAAAUCAGUUUUGCUUCCCAUCCUUUUUGAGUCUAACCCACUGGCCAUGAGAGAUAGAUGUGUUUCCAACCAAAUGCAGGUGACACCAGGUACAGCCUCC